CUGUUAGGAUGAGCCGAGGGGAGCGGUGGCUCCCGGUUACGAACGAGAUCAGGCGGAGGUUAUCUCGCGGUUAUUGGUUUAGAGACAAAUUUUAUAAUGGCAAGCCAGGUUUGGAAGGUUGUCAAGCCCCAUGUGCCGUUGAUUAGGUUUCGCAAGGGCGGCUCUAAUUUAGCUGCGGGUGCAACAGCCGCUCCAUCUACGCGACCAGGACCGGCCCCGAUGCGGCGUAGUGUAGGCGCGACUGGACCCGGGGUGACCGUCUUGCCGACGAUAGAGGACCUUUACCUGCCACCAAGAUAUCAGAGACAGCCGAUAGACGACAAGGAGAUCGAGUAUAUUAACCGUGGCGGACCAGAGUGAAUUUAUAUAGUGUGUACAUUUAAAAUACUCUAAGUCCUAAGUACUUAACUUUAUUCAUUGUCGAUGAAAUAUGCUAUUUAAAUAAAUGAUCGUGACAGAAA